AUGAUGACUAUUAAUAUUAAUAAUAUUAAUAUUAUGAUGAUGAUGAUGAUGAUGACUGUACAUAUAAGUGCCUUUGUAGUGUACGCAAACAUGUGCGGGGGACACGCUGUUGUGGGGCGGCGAAAGAAAGAAAGAAAGAAAGAGGGGAUUGGAUUGGAGGCCCUUCAAAAGAACAAAAACAAACAAAAAAAAAAGGAGGAGGGGGGGAGUUGUCGUGUGGGAUGUCAACACCGCGUGGCUGCACAACUGCCCCUUUUCCUCUUCCUUCCCCCCCCCUUCAGUACUUCCCUCUCUCUCUCCUUAUAUGCUGCAGGGGCUCCUACUGCCUCUGCCUCUCCCCUUCAACGUGGGAGGAGGGGCGCAGCGGCGAUGAUGACAAUAAAACACACAAACGAAAAGAGUAGUAAACAUGAGCGUCAAUUAGAAGAAAUGAACAUUUUUUUAUUUUUAUUUUUACUUUUAUUUUUAACAAGAAGGCCAAACAAACAAACAAACAAACAAAAACGAUUUUAUCAUAUGUUUUUUUUCUUUCUUUUUUUUUCCUUGUUUUUUUGCCCCCGCACACAAACACACAAAAACAAAAUUUUAUGGACGUUUAUAAAUAACCCCUCCAUUUUUUUGGCGUGGCUGCGAACCACACAGAGACACAUACAGAGAGAGAAAAAAAAAAAAAAAAAAAAAAAAUGA